AGGAGAGGGACUACUCGGUGCACUUUUGUGUUUUUGAGACAAUAUUUCGGGAGUCUUUUUAAGGUUUUUCUGUGUCACAGGUGUGUGUUGUGAAACUUUUCAGGUCGGGAACCAGCGCGUCUUUGCACCUCCCGAGACCCGUUUCUUUCAUCUUUCCAUUGCGCACAAGAUUUCGGUGACGGUCGGGCAGUCAUGCUGUAGAAGUGUCUCUACAAGUGAAUCAGCGGUGUGGGACUCAACUUUGCCGUCCGCAUGAUUGGUACCAUGCAAGGACAACACAGCAGAGGACCGAAGAGUCUGAGGCUGCUGCUUCUGUGCCUCUUUGCUGCCAUCCUCGUGUCUAGAGUGCAAGCAGGUGGGAAGAAGCACAGUGGCCCCUGUGGAGGACGAGACUGUAGCGGAGGCUGUCAAUGUUUCCCAGAGAAGGGCGCCAGGGGACAUCCUGGCCCUCUCGGUCCUCAGGGCCCACAGGGGCCUCCAGGGAGAGCAGGGGACCCGGGCAUCCAGGGGCCAAAGGGGCAGAAAGGUGAUCGUGGUCGCGGUGGCGUCAUAGGUCCUAAAGGAAGUGUGGGAAUGACUGGAAUCCCUGGGUUCUCUGGAAGUGAUGGCAUUCCUGGCCACCCAGGACAGGCUGGACCCAGAGGGAAGCCCGGUGCUGACGGCUGCAACGGGACUCAUGGAGACUCAGGAUCACCAGGAACUCCUGGAUAUAACGGCUCACCGGGUUAUCCUGGACCACCAGGCAGGAAGGGUGAGAAGGGAGAAGAUCUGCAGCUCAGUGUGUACGUGAUGCGAUUCAGGGGAGAUCCAGGCGCACCAGGUUUUGACGGAAUAUUUGGGCCUCAAGGAAACCCAGGAUGGCCAGGUACCAGAGGUAUACAAGGACCCAAGGGUCCUCCAGGGCCCCCAGGACCCCCAGGACCAAAGGGCACUAUGACCAAAGUGUUCAAGGGAGUCAAAGGAGAACGAGGAGACACGGGACCUCCGGGGCCACCAGGAAACUCUACUCAUCCUCACACUCUGCCCCCCUCUGGACAUCCUCCACCGGGACCUCCUGGAGAAAAGGGUCUGAAAGGAGAAAGAGGAGAUCAGGCAGACAACAGAGGAGAAACCGGAGUGAUUGGAUUCCCUGGACCUCGGGGAACCCCUGGUGCAGAUGGGAGACCUGGACCAAGGGGGGAUCCUGGUGAAAUAGGACCAAAAGGCAGAUAUGGACUUAAGGGAGUCAGAGGUGAAGCAGGAGAACUGAUUCCGUCCUGGCCUGGGUCCUCGGCUGCUGGCCCCCCGGGUCCCCCUGGUGAGCAGGGUCCACAAGGAGAGAGGGGUCCAAUAGGAGACCAAGGCUUACCCGGACCACCGGGACACCCUGCUGAUAAACCACAGAUACAAGUGUGGGAAUUUUUUGGACCAUUUGGAUUCAAGGGAGACCAAGGAGAGAAGGGUCCACAAGGGGAACCAGGAUACCCUGCUGUCACUGCAGGACCCCCAGGAAUAGAUGGACGCCCAGGAGAAAGAGGCCCUCCUGGACCCAAAGGAACAUGGGAAGAGUACUUCAAGGGGGCUCCAGGAGGGAGAGGAAGGCCUGGGAACGCAGGACGGAAAGGAAUGAAAGGCGAUCACGGAGAAUGUGAAUGCACCUCUGUGAAUUCCCCUCGUGGUUUACCCGGUCCUACUGGAGAACCCGGUGAUGCUGGGAUGACCGGAGAGUUUGGUCAGGAGGGUGAUUCAGGAGACCCGGGUCGCCCAGGAGAAGACGGGAUCCCUGGACUUGCUGGGCUCAGUGGUGUUCCAGGACCAAAAGGCCGAAAAGGGGACAGAGGUGUUGCCACACAGAAAGGAUCUCCCGGUGACCCAGGGGAUUCCGGACUAGACGGUGUUGGAGGAGCACCGGGUGCUCCGGGCUGGACUGGUCUACCUGGUCGCCCUGGCAACCUGGGUCCUUCAGGUGAAGGACCCUGGGGAGAACGGGGAGACAAAGGUUUCCCAGGUUUUCCAGGUCGACCCGGUGCAGCCGGGCUGAGGGGAGAACCAGGUACAGAUCUGGGUGGCUUUAAAGGUCAGCAUGGUUUACCCGGUGAUGAUGGCACCCCCGGCCUUCACGGUCUUCCAGGGACACCGGCACUCCAGGUGAGAGGUGGUAUUGGUGAAAAAGGAGCACCUGGUUUAUUUGGAAUAAAGGGAGAGAAAGGGAACAAGGAGAUCGAGGAGUUCAGUUGGAGACCCUGGUUUGCCCGGUGUGCUGGUCGCUAUGGAGCACAGGGUGAGCAGGGUGCUCCAGGUGAAGUCCUGGGAGCAUCAGCUGGACCGCCCGGUGAUCCAGGACUGCCUGGGCGUCAAGGAGAUAAAGGCCUAACUGGGGAUCAGGGCAAUCCAGGCUAUUCAGGUUUAGACAGGUUUCACUGGAUGAGAGGGGAACUGAAGGAGACUCGGGUCCUCCAGGGGGUCAGAGGAAAUCUGGGAGUUCAGGGCUUCAGCGGUGUGAAAGGAGAAACUGGAGUACAAGGACGAGUUGGCCCAGAUGGAACGACCGGCCACAGUGGAGAAAAAGGUGAUCGCGGUCUGGGGCCACCUGGGCAGAAACCUGACAUUCCUGCUAAGUUGAUUGUUGACAUGAAGGGAACCAAGGGAGACCAGGGCCAUGAAGGAAGUCAAGGUUUUACUGGGCCAAGAGGUACUAAGGGUUUCCCUGGUGUGCCAGGCUUUGAGGGAAGUCACGGUCUUCCUGGAGACCCCAGUCAUACAAAAGGUUUCCAUGGAGAUCCAGGAGCACAGGGGCUACCAGGAAUCAAAGGAAUGCCAGGAAUAACUGGAAAUCGAGGAAUUAUUGGUUUUGAGGGAAUGCAUGGCACCAAGGGAACCAAAGGAAGUCCUGGUGCUUAUGGCGCUUCAGGGGAAAAAGGAAGGAAAGGAAUAAAAGGUGACAGAGGCCUUCAAAUAGACCUUCCAGGAUCUCCUGGAUUCAGAGGAGAGCAGGGAUUACCAGGAGAACAAGGCCAGAAAGGAUGGUUUGGAUUCACUGGUGACAGGGGUAUACCUGGUUUUGAUGGUAUCGAAGGCAAAAGGGGAGAAUCAGGUGAUCCGGGAGUAGUGGGAUUCCCAGGCUUAGAUGGGCAGAAGGGGCUUCCUGGGAACCAAGGUCAAAAAGGCUUUCCUGGGGUUCCUGGAAGAGAAGGACAUCCUGGCUUCCCUGGUUUCGCCGGAACCAAAGGUUACCCCGGUCUGAAGGGCCUCUAUGGAUUAGAUGGACUCAAAGGACAAAAAGGUGUCCCUGGAACACCGGGUCUGGACAACUUUGGACCAGAUGGAGAGCCGGGAAUUAAAGGACAGAAGGGAGACACUGGUGACCCCAACAACCAACCUGGUGUUCCAGCACAGCGGGAGAUCACGGUCACCCUGGACCACCAGGAUUCCGUGGCCGCGAUGGACCAGAUGGGACCUCCGACAACCAGGACCCAGUGUUCGUGGGCUUCCGGGCCAUCGGGGUCCUCCAGGUCAAGUCCAUGGACUCCAGGAGAGAGGGGUCCUGCCGGGCCGCAGGGCAUCCAAGGACCAAAGGGUGUUAGAGGGGAAACAGGACCACAAGGGCCCCUGGAGAUGCAGGUCAGCUUCAUGGGACCCAUUGGGCAGAAAGGCAUGCCUGGGAUUAGCGGUACACCAGGAACGCCUGGAUUCCGCGGAGAGUUCGGACAAGUGGGCCACCCUGGUCUGCAAGGCAUGGACGGUCGCCGUGGCAACCCUGGUAUCCCAGGGUUACCUGGUAUGCCUGGCCGCAGUGUCAGCGUGGGAUACUUGCUGGUGAAACACAGUCAGUCAGACCAUAUGCCCAUGUGUCCAGUGGGUAUGUCCAAACUGUGGGAUGGCUACAGUCUGCUGUACCUGGAGGGUCAAGAGAAGGCCCACAACCAGGAUCUUGGUCUGGCUGGUUCCUGCCUGCCGCGGUUCAGCACCAUGCCUUUCCUGUACUGUAACCCUGGAGACAUCUGUUACUACGCCAGCAGAAAUGAUAAGUCCUACUGGCUGUCAACCACUGCUCCUCUUCCCAUGAUGCCUGUAGAAGAGGGAGAUAUCAAACCGUACAUCAGCCGCUGCUCAGUGUGUGAAGCUCCAUCGGUCGCCAUCGCAGUCCACAGUCAGGACAUCACCAUCCCACAGUGUCCGGUGGGCUGGCGCAGCCUGUGGAUCGGCUACUCCUUCCUCAUGCAUACUUCAGCAGGAAACGAAGGCGGAGGUCAGUCCUUGUCGUCGCCCGGCUCCUGCUUGGAGGACUUCCGCACAACGCCAUUCAUUGAGUGUAACGGGGCCAAAGGCACAUGCCACUACUUUGCCAACAAGUACAGCUUCUGGCUAACCACGCUAGAGCAGUCGUACCAACCUGACCCUGUAUCAGAGACGCUCAAAGCAGGCCAGCUCCUGUCACGCAUCAGCCGCUGUCAGGUGUGCAUGAAGAACUUGUGAAAGACUCGACAGUAACAGAAAGAAGCUGUUCCGCUGACAGGUGGUCUCUGUAACACUCACACUAGUGUCAGGGGAAUCUCUCCCUGAGCCACAGAGCUCAGAUAUGCAAUGACUGUUGGGUGCCUUGAGCUUUGAGUUACACUGUAGAUAAAACAGGAGGAGCCCCGUAAUGAAAACAGCAGCAUUAUGGGAAUCAUUUUGUCGUAAAUGUGGUUUGGUGCUUAUUUUUUUUAACUUAUUACCUCAGCUAUAUUGUCACGUUAACUAUCAGAGACUGUCCACUACAGCUGAACCAAAGAUGCACAUAUAUAUAUAUAUAUACAUGCACUGCUUCAGUUUAACUAGAUGUUUGUAUUGUUUAGGGCACACAGCCCAACAUAAAGCCACUAACAUGCUUGAAGAGCCUCACUAGAGGUCCUGAAUAAGUACUGGUUGAUACCAUUGACAGUAUUAUCCUGCUUUGACUCCAUUGCUCCUACAAAGCCUAUUUUUUUAUAAAAUUACAGCAAGCUGUAAACUUCCUCUACGCAUUUAUUAACUACUGCAAACUCAUCUAUCAUUAUUCUCCAUUUAUCAUAUGUUCAUAAAAUGCACUGAUUCCGUUUUUACCUUCUGAAUGAACUUGACCCCCUUCUUGAGAGUUUUAAAUAUUGCUUAUCAAAUACCAGCCACGUUGCUCUUAUUUUCCCUGUGCAAAUCCACUAAUUAUUGACCUGCCCCAAGCUGCCAGCAGGACAGAAUGUAAACACUUUGGUUCAGAGGUUCGCCUGUAGCCAAUCCAAGCUCUGAUCCCGGUUUAGAUUAGAGCAUUUUACACCAUUUAAAAAGUAGGCCAAAUGUCCUACUUCACCUUGACACACUUGUUUGGAAAUAAACAGAUCGAUUAGACCAGAAAAAUACUGAAAAUAACUGUUUUAAUUUUAAUACAAUUACGGUAUUUUUCAUAAUAUGCUUUUUUUCCAUUGGACUGUAAAGAUUAAAUGUUGUUUGUUAUA